AUGCGGACACACGCCUCGCUGGAGAGGGAUGAGGAGAUCAACACCGCCGCCUGGGUGGCCGCCAGAGGCGCUGCUGUAGGCGCUGCCAAGUGGGGCAUCGCCUCUGCCGUUCUAGGCGGAGCGGGCUACAUCUUCAGUCCAAUCUACCGCGGCCUCACAAUCCAAUUCAAAGUAUUCCUCCAAAUGUCGGGCAUGACGUUCGGAAGCAUUGUUGAAGCCGAUCGCCGUUUGAUAUCCCACGAGCAGUUUGUGCGCGCCCAGAAACGCCUGGCCAGAGAUGCCGAAGUAUGGCGUCGGUACGAGGAGGAGUUUGAGGAGUUGGGCACGCCUGGGGUUGCUGCGGAAAGCAAAACAGUCAUGACUGAGCACCUCGUCCUCGAACCCACAGCCACUCCGGCCAUUCUCGCUCUGUUGAUAUCGGCACCAAUGCCCAACGGCUCUCACCUGAUGUAA